UUUUGUUAAGGAAAGAUGCGGAACAUCCGCAUGUGAUUACGGCUAAAAAUCGCAUCGCUUUUGUCCGGUUUUUGUUGUACUUGCAGCUACUAGCGUUGGUCAGUUUCACAACCGUUCCCGCGUUUCGCUAGUUACGAUUCCAGAUUUGGGUUUAAAGUAGAAGCGGACACCAACCCAAUCAACUUCACUCGGUUCGGUGAAGGAUGACGUGUAGGAACGUUUUGAUUAGUGUUUGAUCACCUUGUUUUACUACAUCCCCAAAGUGGUCUAGGAAAGCGGAGAUACGUGGAUCGAGAUAUCGGAGGGGGUUCGAAGAUUCCAAGGUCCAGCAGCUUUCAGUUUCUUCACUGUCCAAUUCUAGCCAGCGACCUUCGCCAAAUUUGAUCAUCAUUUUGAUCGCUGUGUUUGUGUGCGGCACGACAACAUUGAACCCGCUUUCUGUGAUAUCUGACCCUAGGUGAUACGAGGACAGCUUGUGCCACGAUGACGAACACGAAACCGACGGCCACCUGCCGGUUGAAGCAGGACUAUAUGCGUUUAAAGCGCGAUCCAGUACCGUAUAUCACAGCGGAACCGCUACCUUCGAACAUUCUCGAGUGGCACUAUGUAAUUAAAGGCCCGGAAGAUUCUCCGUACUACGGCGGAUACUAUCACGGUACGCUGCUGUUCACAAAAGAGUUCCCCUUCAAACCGCCGUCGAUCUACAUGACCACACCGAACGGGCGCUUCAAGACAAACAAACGGCUCUGCCUCAGCAUUUCGGACUUCCAUCCGGACACCUGGAACCCGGCCUGGUCGGUGGCCACCAUUCUGACGGGGUUGUUGAGCUUUAUGCUCGAGACCACCCCGACGAUGGGUUCGUGCGAAACGACAACGUACGAGAAGCGCCGUUACGCGCAACACUCGCUGGCAUUCAACAUGAAGAACGAGGUCUUUCAGGAGCUGUUUCCCGAAAUUUGCGAGGAGAUCACGGAACGAUUACAGCAGCUCGAAGAGCAACGAAAGCAGCAAUCCGCAACCGCCAACGGGGAAAGUGCCACCAAUGCCAGCAACGGUGAAGUGCCUGGCAGUACAAACGAUGUUGCCGAGACUCCCGACGGUGGCCUUUUCGUGCCUGGGCGGCCCGGUGCGGACGAUAGUAACAUUUGGCAAUCGCUUUGCACCAACUUGGUCGUACUGGGAGGUUUCGUGGUGUUUGCCUGUAUCGUGCACUAUGUGAUCAAGAGCAUAAACAUUUAAUAGACGAUACUGGACUUUACCGAAAGCGACGAUCGACUGUUGGAUACGAACCGUGGAACGGGGGCACUCUUCUGUAUUGGUCACAGACGUGCGAGUUCCACUUUUAAAACCCCUAAAAACGUUGGCCGCUGAUGCUAUACGAUGGAUGAGAGCAUGAGAUGGUAGAGCGGCACCGGUGCGAGCUAAUUGUUACGCUUUAAUUUUAAAUUAUCAUCGUUAAAUGGAUGGUUUAGGAACGCACGAGCGGCGAAGGAAAUAUUUCAAUGUAGCUAGUAGCAGCGAGUAUAAGCAGCAUGUCGGUGCGUCUAGAGCGGCAGGCCAAUCUCGUCGUCGUUGUCGUUGUACAUGCAACAUGCAAUACCAAAAUUCUAAGCAAAGUGUCAGUUGAGUCAGUUAGGGCAGGCUCAAAGAGGCGAAUGGAUAACAUUAAUAGGCUGCUAAGAACACGAGUUACACGUACAUGUAAUCCCUUUGGUCUGUUCUUUUUGUCGCGGAGACGGUACAGCACAGGCAGAGUUUUGCUUUGCGCCGAACCGUAGCGUGGCCUGUACAUUAGCGUCUUCAGCUGCAAUAGUGUAUACCAUCAUAGUUUGAUCGCAUUCACUGAUGUCCAUCGGGCAAAAUACAUCGGCGCAUGAAGCAGCAUGAAACGCGAGAUGGAAUCGCGAAAGAAACCAAUGUAAUAUAUUAACAUUAUUCUAUCGACGACAA